AUGUUGGCAAUAUCAAAGGCUGUUGAGCCGGGAACUUACCUUCCAGUUGACCAGUUCCCAAUCCUGAACCUUAUCCCCGACUGCUGGAACAAGCCUAAGCUUCGUGGAAUGGAGUAUUACAAGACAAUCACCGGUAUUUGGACCGAAGCGUACGAUCGCGUGGAAGCCAGACGUGCAAAGGGCGACAAGCGUGAAUCACUGAUUGACAGACUGCUUAACGAAGACAUCAAGUCCGAUGCGCCGCUUUCACAUACACAGUUCAACAACUUUGUUGGAGGUACACAGAUGGGUGCGGCUGACACCACGGCUACACAAAUUCUUACAAAUAUCCUCUUCCUGGCGAAGAAUCCCGAAUUUCAAGAAAAGGCCCGCGUUGAGCUUGAUGCGUUAUGCGGGACCGAUCGUCUUCCUCAAUGGGAAGACUUCAAUGACCUGCCGUAUAUCAACUGCAUCAUCAAAGAGGCCCUGCGAAUCAGACCAGUUGUUCCAACCGGCGUACCCCAUCUCGCCAAGCAAGACGCCUGGUACAAGGGCAUGUUGAUUCCAAAGGGCAGCGUCGUGAUGAUCCCGCCGAGCGCUCUCAACCACGACAGCAAACACUUUGAUGACCCUGAGUCAUACAAUCCAGACCGUUACCUUGCUUCGGCCUCGAAAUUAGCUUCCGAGCUCGCCGCAUCGCCGGCGUACGAUGAGCGCGACCACUACACCUAUGGCGCUGGGCGGCGCAUGUGCCCCGGUAUCCACAUGGCCGAGCGGACUCAGUGGCGAAGUGUCGCUCAGAUGCUUUGGGCUUUCAAAAUUGAGAAGGACGGGGAGCUGGAUACGAGUUAUGAGUUCUACGAAGAAGGCUUCGUGCAUGCGACCAAAGAUUUCAGAGUGCGCUUUGUCCCACGGAGCGAGAGGCAUGCUGAGGUCAUCCGGGAGAAGUUUGUUGAAACUCAAGAAUUCCUCAAGCAGUGGGACUAG